AUGUGGGAGUUCCAGGAUGUCCUCAACCAGGACCUGGCCAUCCUGCUGGUGAUGGCCGCUGGAGCCCUGUCAGUGUGGCGCACCCUCGUCUUCCGCCAGGACGACAUGCGCAUCUUCAACGUCUUCCUGUUCAAGUUCACGCUGCCGGCCAGCGUGAUACUGGGGCUGGGCCUGAAGACAGACCUCUACAAGGCCGACAUCUGGCGCUUUGUCGGCGCGUUCCUCAUGAUGCGGGGCAUCAUGCUGGCUGCCUGCGCCCUGGUGUUUGGCGGGCUGCUGCGCCGCUCCCUGGGCGAAGUGACCGCCAACUGGCUCAGCACCACCUGGAUCAGCACAGUGAUCCUGGGCACGCCGCUGCUCCGGGCGCUGCUGGGGCCGCAAUAUGCCAACCUGGGGGUGGUGGCAGGCAUCAGUUCCUUCAUUUUUCAGCUGCCGCUCAUGCUCAUCCUCUUUGAGGUGCACACCUGGCGCCAGCAGACCAUCCAUGGCGCACUGCCGGAGCAGCAGCAGGCGCCGCCGCAGCCGCAGGGGCAGGAUUCUGCGGCGGAGCGGCGCCGUGGCGGCGAUGACGGCUCGCAGCGCGCUGGGGACGGGUCCAAGCGGCUGGCUGCGGCCAAGCAGCAGCCCACGGUUCUGUCGGUGGUGGAUGCCAGCAGCGUGCCGCCGCCCCGCGGCGCGGCGGCCGCGGGGCGCAGCAGCCUGGGCGACAUGAUGAGGCAGCGCCUGCUGGGCUGCAUGGGGUGGCACAUGACGCGCAAGCAGGGCCAGCGCCUGGGGCUGCGCCUAGUGAUGAACCACGUGCUGUGGGGUGUGGGCCUCGGCUUGGUGCUCUCCCUUUCCACCCUGGGGCCCCGAUACCUCAACCCUGGCACCCUGCCGGCCCAGCCCAACUGCACCUACGCCGUGGGAGCCGGCUUCAUCUUCCUGCUGCUCGAGUACUUUGCUCGCUGCACCGAGCCGGUGGCAUUCUUUGCCACAGGCAAGCAGCCCGUGCGCAUGUGGAUGGUGAGGCCGCGGCCCAUUGCCACCGGGUGGCUGCGGGCCGCCGCUUACAUGGCGGUGAAGCUGGUGCUGGUGCCGGCUCUCAUGGUGGGCUGCUGCUUUGCGGUGGGGCUGGAGGGCGCGAAUGCGCGGGCCGCGGUGCUCGUGGCCACGCUGCCUGUCUCAGCAGCCGCCUUUGCGCUGAGCAAGACGUACUCUGUUGGGGAGGACGUGGCAGUGACCAAUGUGUUCCUGGGCAACCUGCUGGUGCUGCCCACCACCAUCGCCUGGCUGGAGUUCAUGGAUGGCAUCGGCUUGUUCAUGGUGGCGCCGAAAGCCACGGCGCCGGCGCCGACCUGCGUGGCCUGGGAUGCAUGA